AAAGUAAAAAAUCUUAGAAACAAAUAUUCAAAUAAGGGUCUUUUAGAAAUUUAUUUGGAGAUUGCAAAAAAUAAUCCUGAAUUCCAUAUUGAGGCCAAGUAUAAAAUUGCAUUUCACCAUAAAACUCAUGGGAAAUACAAAGAUGCACUGAAAAUUGCCAAAGAAAUUCCUAAUAACUACAAAAAUAUAAAGAUGCUUAUGGCUUCUUGCUUUAAGAAAAUUAAUGAUGAAGAAAGUGCUUUUAAACUCUAUAAAGAAAUUGCAGAUAAAAAUAUAUCUUCACAAUUAGAU